UCUUAGUUCCUAUACCACCUCCAGCCAAACCCCAUAUCACGCCAACAAUGGUCACCGCCACAACAACCGGCGCCGCCGCCACCUCCACAGCUUGCGGAACCUCCUAUCAAUACGAAUUCCCAGUCCACGACGCCGCCUGUGGUGUGCCCAACCAAGCCAACUACUCGACCAUUUUCGACUCGUGCGCGCUUCCCGCCGGGGUGAGGCCCUACGAUAACGACUGUGCACUGUACGCCCUUGCCGUGGGGCAAUCCGUGCAAGACCUGACCGAUUGUCUGUACAAGGGCGGCGUCGCCUGGGCAGAUGUCUGGUGCACCGGUGAUGUCGAUUCCACCGCGACCGCCACUUCCUUCCCCACCCCAACGAAAAAAAUAUCCAGUUCGACCUCCAAAAGCACUAAGGGCUCGAAGUCGUCGACUACAGAGUCUGGGACUGCUGCGACGGCGUCGGCCACUGGAGGGGCGGGCGCUGUGACCUUUACAACAAAGUCCGCGGUGGGAUUGGUGGGCAUUUUGGUGAUGGCUAUCUUGUGUUAGAGAUAUGAAUGUGGGCAGUGUGACUUCAACGGACGUAUAUGA